UUGACAAUCAUUUUAAAAAAUUGGUGCAAUCAUUUCAUUUACAGAACGAAUUAUCGGGAAAAGUAAUACUUUUAACUGGCAAUUGUUCGAGCCAUAAAUUUCCAGCAAAUUACACGCAUGAAGAUAAAUUCCAAAUUAUAUAUUUACCUCCAAAUACUACAGCCUUGAUUCAAUCCAUGGAUCAAGGAAUAAUAGCAAAAACGAAAAGAUGUUUCAGGCACAAAUUAAUGCAAUACGUAUUCCGAAACGAAAAUGGAGUUAAAGAUUUUUACACGAAAUAUACAAUUAAGGAUUGCAUUGACAUAAUUAAUACAGCGUGGAACGAAGUGACGCAGAAUAAUAUCAGAAAUGCGUGGAAUAAGAUUAUUCCUCAGUCUCAAAUGGAAACAGAAGCAGCUGUAGAAGAAGAAGAGGAAGAAAAAAUGAUUUUACAAAUGCAACAUACAUGCACACAAUUUUCUGAACAAAAUAUAACUAUACAUGAUAUUUCAGAUUACCUAUCCAUAUGUACGGCCGAAGAAAGCAGAUAUCCAAAGGAGGCUGACGGAGCUGACCAAGGAACGAGCCAGGACAAAGAUGAAAUAACGGAGAUGAUUGAGGAAAAGGGCGAAGAGAGGAAAAGAGUGGAGGAUGCAUUCUCCUGUUUAGAUGAAUUUAAAAAUCGUUAUUCCCUUCCAACACAGUUUAUUAUAACAGGAUUAAAACUAGAAAUUUUAGGUAAUAUUUAACAAUGAAUACAUGAUGCAUACUUAUUGAAGAAAAGACGAAAC